CGUUGGGCCAAUUCACCGAAUAUAAGAAGGGAAAGAUAUCUGAAUAUAGCAUCACUACCUCCGGACAUCAAAUUACAUCUUAGAACGCCACAGAAGCCUUCACAGACAGAGAGAUGCUUCUCUCUGUCCUCCUUGUGCUGGGCCUCUGCCUGGUGCCCAGUCAAUCCAAACCUAUGGAGGAAAGACUUGGCAGUCCUUUUCUUCAUAAAUGCUUCAAAGAAGCGAAGAAAAUAGUAGACGACGCAUACAAAUACUCAAGAGAAGAGAGCCUCAGACGGGUCCGCAAGGAUGAGGUGCAGCCUCGUGAUGCUCUUCACCUCCUGAAGCAGCCUCGCGGUGACACUCGUUCAGCUGUGCGCUCUGCUGACUACAUGGCACAGACUCUCCGUUUGGUCCAAGAGAAAGUACAUCGUGUGCACAAGCGCUCCCUCAAUGCAACAGAUUUACUCACGGAACAAGAUUUGAGAGAACUUGCCCGGAUUACUGGAUGUGAAGCUCGAAUCAGGAAUCCACCAUGUCACAACACACCAAAUAUCAACAAGUAUCGCACAAUCACCAGCGUCUGCAACAACUUAAACAACCCUCGGCUGGGUGCCUCCAACACCCCAUUCACCCGCUGGUUGCCCUCUGAGUACGAUGAUGGCAUCUCCCAACCAAAAGGAUGGAACAGAACCCGCAGAUUCAACAACUUCUUGCUCCCAUUGGUGCGGCAGGUGUCCAAUAGCAUCUUGAGCACAACAGAUGCAGGCGUUGUCAAUGACACAGAGUACGCUCACAUGGUGACCUUUUUUGGCCAGUGGAAUGACCAUGACCUCUCCUUCACACCAUUUUCACCAAGUAUCCGCUCCUUUAGCAAUGGGCUGAACUGCGACGAAAGUUGCGAGCACAGUGAGCCAUGCAUCCCUAUCCCGAUCCCUCCUGGAGACCCCCGCCUUCCCUCCCGUCCAGAUAGCUGCAUCCCAGCCUUUAGAUCUGCUCCUGCCUGUGGAACUGGUUACUCUGCAUUUAAUUUUGGUGGAGAACCCAACAAGAGGGAGCAGAUCAAUUCACUGACGGCCUUUCUGGAUCUGGGACAAGUAUAUGGCUCAGAUGAGAAGCUUGCCCUGAACCUUCGUGAUCUCACCAGUGAUUCCGGCCUGCUGCGCGUCAACACCGAAUUCAGAGACAACGGGCGCGAGCUGCUGCCCUUCCACUCCCUGCAGGUGCAAAUGUGCGCCACCCGCAGAAGAGUCACCAACGAUACCAACGCCAGGGAGGUGCCCUGUUUUAUUGCAGGUGAUGGCCGCGUGGAUGAGAACAUCGCCCUGACCUCUAUCCACACCCUGUUUGUGCGUGAACACAACCGUUUGGCUCGUCAGCUGAAGAGGCUGAAUCCACAAUGGGACAGUGAGACUCUCUACCAAGAGGCCCGCAAAAUCAUGGGUGCUUACACCCAGACUUUUGUCUUCAGGGAUUAUCUUCCUCACAUUGUGGGUCCUGACGCAAUGCACAGACAGCUUGGAUGUUACCCUGGCUACAACUCCAAUGUUGACCCUAGCAUCGCCAAUGUGUUUGCGACAGCUGCUUACCGUUUCGCUCACCUGGCCAUCCAGCCACUUGUGUUCCGACUGGCUCCAAACUACAGAGAGCACCCUCAGUUCCCCAGUGUCCCCCUGUUCAAGGCUUUCUUCACCCCCUGGAGAGUCAUUUUUGAAGGUGGAAUCGACCCUUUGCUGCGUGGUCUGAUAGGUAGCCCUGCUAAAUUGAACACCCAGGAUCACAUGAUGGUGAAUGCUGUGAGAGAUAGGUUGUUCCAGUUUGUAAUGCACCUGGCUCUGGACCUGGGUGCUCUGAACAUGCAGAGGAGUCGGGAUCAUGGCCUGCCUGGCUACAAUGCCUGGCGCAGGUUCUGUGGUCUGUCCCAGCCUCGUAACCAGGCAGAGCUAGCUCAAGUUUUGAGGAAUCCCACCCUGGCUCGUAAUCUCCUGCAGCUCUAUGGGACCCCCGACAACAUUGAUGUGUGGCUUGGAGGAGUCGCAGAGCCAUUUGUGCCUGGCGGCCGCGUGGGUCCUCUGUUCGCCUGCCUCAUUGCAACUCAGUUCCAGAGGAUUCGUCAGGGUGACAGACUGUGGCACGAGAAGCCCGGUGUUUUCACGCCACAGCAGAGGCAGGCUCUGUCUGCUGUUACACUCUCCAGAAUCAUCUGUGACAACACCGGCAUCACGUCUGUGCCCAGAGACGCUUUCAGCGUCGUCUCAAAUAGGAACCCUCUGGUGCAGUGCUCCACUCUGCCACGCCUGAAUCUUUUAGCAUGGAGGGAGACAACCUCCAUGCUCUGUGACUCCGGAUCCUCUGCUGGUUGUUUAGAGUCCAGUGACGGAGAGAACCCAACCCAGACCGAUGAACUGAACAAUCUGGACCCUCUGGAUCUCCAGGACGCCUUAGACCCUGUGGACCCUGUAAAUGUUCAUGGUCCUCUGGACCUCCAGGAACCUCUGGACCUCCAGGAACCUCUGGACCUCCAGGAACCUCUGGAUCUGCAAGAUCCAGAUGUUUCACUGAAAUUUGAGACCAAUGAGAUCCUUGAAGACCAAUCAGCCCCAGAUGUCCUCUAAGAUCACCGAUAUUCAAACAUCAGUUUCUCUUUUGGGAUGACGGCCUAUACCCAUCAUAAAGAAACAAAACAAGCCAACACAGAACUCGGACACACCUGUUUAUAUUCUUCAGUCAUUCACUCUGCACUUCUUCCAUUGGAACAGAAAGCUGGGAAUACGAUCGAAAUUGUCAGGCUGGCCAUCAACAUCUUCUUAUCAGGACAUUUGUUCUUCACUAUGGGACAUAAACACACCCUGUGGAGUCCUCAUUAUUUUAGACCAACAUUUAGCUUUAUGCUUUCAAAUCUAGAGCUAGCAACUACUUAGCAACCUAGGACUACUGGAAUCAACAUUUAGUUUAACAGUUACUAAUAGCAGAACCAACCAACAUUUAGCUUUGCAUACUUACUAAUAGCAGCCCUGAACAAGAAUGUGGAGUACUUAUUACUUUAGACCAACAUUUAGCUUUUUACUUUUAAUAUCAGAGCAAGAUCUAGAGAAACUCCUGUUAGUUUACCCAGAACUAGAAUCAAACAUGGAGACCCAACAUUUAGCUAACUAAUAAAAUCAAACAUUGAGAAACAAACUUAAGAUCCAGAUCUAUUACUUUAUAGAUUGUGAUCUACUUCUUGUUAUUAAACAUGGGGAACCAAUAUUUAGUUUUGUACUCUAACUUUUGUCUUUGGUUUUCUUGUUUUCUUUGCAUUUCCUUCUAAUUCAUGUAAAGCAUUUUGAACUGCCUUGUUGCUGAAAAUGUGCUAUAUAAAUAAAAUUAGCUUACCCUCUCCAGGAUGAACUUCCCAUUAAAAACACCAGUGACCUGUCACUGUUCCCGUCAGUCAUUCACAGCAGCACAUGACCAGAUAAAGACACACCAUACCACUGUAUCCUCAUUUUACACUUUAUUGUAAUUAAAUUGUGAGUUUUAUGCUAAAACUCAGAAGGAUAUCCGUUCCAUGGGUUUAAAUUGAAGGAAUGUGUUUAACUCUGUUACAACUUACAGUCUAUUAAACCAAAAAUUUGCAUUUGGCCAAGUUUGACUAUUAAAUUGUGAACAUGUUAUGCACUAAUAACUUGUACCUUGAAAUGUUAUGUUCUGCUUUGUUUGCUAAUAUUUUGGUUUGCUGCAACUUUGUUGUCUUGUAUUGAACGUUGCAUUCAAUAAAGCAAUUGAGCAAUC